UCCCUUCCUCCCUCCCUCCCUCCCUCCCUCUUUCUCUCUCACACACACACUACACUUGCUCAUUCACAGCCUGCUUUAUCCAUAGUCAAAGGAAAGAUCAGUUUCUGUGCCUUGAGUAGCACAGUCGUGGCGAAGACAUUCAAAGAGAAGAAAGUGAACUGCAAGGAAGUGGGACAGAGGAACGGGUCGGAAACAGAGGGAGUGCAGAGGAGUCUAUAGUUUUUAGAGAGGGGAGAGGAAAUCCAGAAGACCCCCCUUGCUUUUCCUGAGCAAAGGUGAACCCAGCUCUGACAACUCAUCCCUUGAACUGAAGACCAUUUAACAGAGGCAGGAGAUUUUGCAACUCAAAGAGGCUUUGGGAAUUUGGAACAGCAGCUGGCUUCAGCUGAUUCUGGAAUGCAGAAACAGCAAGAACGGUGUCAGAUAUUUGCAGUUCUCAUCUUCACAUUUAUUUUCCUGCUGGCAGCUGUGAGCACUACCGAGGCUGGCAAAAAAGAAAAAAUAGAGAAGAAGGUGAAAAAAUCUGAUUGCGGAGAAUGGCAGUGGAGUGUUUGUGUUCCUACAAGUGGAGAUUGUGGCCUUGGGACUCGUGAGGGCACUCGGACUGGAAUUGAUUGUAAGCAGACAAUGAAGACCCAAAGAUGUAAGAUUCCCUGCAAUUGGAAGAAGCAAUUUGGAGCGGAAUGUAAAUAUCAGUUCCAGGCCUGGGGAGAGUGUGAUCUAAACACUGCUCUGAAGACUCGAACUGGAAAUCUAAAACGAGCUUUGCACAAUGCGGACUGCCAGAAAACCGUCACCAUUUCAAAGCCUUGUGGGAAGCUUAUCAAACCCAAACCUCAAGAACCCAAGAAAAAGAAAAAAGAAGGCAAGAAACAAGAGAAACCACUGGAAUAGGGAAGCUACGCUGGCCAUGAGAAUGGGACUUCCUUGAAUGUAAUUGGUUAACAAGUUUCAUUGACACCUAGUCCUUUUAUCCAGAAGUUAUUUAUAGCUUAAUUGUACAAUAGGGAAAAAUAAGCAUACAAAUGCACCCUCUUUUUUCUCUCUCUCUCUCUCUCUCUUUUUUUACUCCACUGUUACAAGUUCUCCAACUUGUUGAUCCUCCAAUGAGUCAGAUUACAACUGUCACCCAUCGUCUUUCUGGCUGGGCAUGAUGGGAAUUGUAAUGCAACACACCUGGAAUGAUCCAAGUUGGGGAAAGUUGAUAUUCUAGUAUUUUAAAUGUAUAAUCUUAGUGGCAUGUGUAGAAAACCUCAGUAAAGGCAGCAAUAUCAUUUAGUACAUGAGUGCCGUUAUAUAUGCGAAAGUAUAGAUUCAUUUUAAAUUCCUCUUUUAUUCUGCCAAGUCCACUUUGGUUCUGCAUGUUUGUGACUUACAUGGGACCCCCAAGGUGUAGCCUAUAAGGGUUCUAUGAUGUCAUAACGGUCUGGGCAGACAGGCCUUUUUAUGUAUAAAAUAGACAGAACUUCCUCCACCAAGUUUUUACGUUUCGUAAUAGCAAGAGUAGAUUUCUAUAUGCAGAUUGUACCAGCACUGAAAUAGCUAACUUGGUUGUAACUUACAGCUUUUAAUAAAACAUUUUAAAACUAUAGUCCAUCAUGAU